ACAGUCCAACCACAGGCGGGAAAAACACCAGAGGUCACGUGACACGUUUUCCCCCCAACAUGGCGUCCUGCAGGACAGCGUAGCUAAACUACAAGAACCGGGGCGUUCAUCUGCGUUUCUGAAGAUUUUAGUUUUUCGCUGCGUUCGAUUCCCUCUCUGAAGCAGCAGGAUGCCGGGGAAAACGGGCGACAGCUUCAAACCGGGGGACUUGGUCUUCGCCAAGAUGAAGGGCUUCCCUCACUGGCCGGCCAGGAUCUGUAAGUCGGAAGAUGGAUACAAGAAGCGAGUCCCGGUCUACUUCUUCGGGACCCAUCAGAUAGGUCACCUCCCUCCGGAGAACAUCGUCCCUUACGUCGGCAACAAGAAGAAGUACGGCAGCGGCGUCCGCAUCAGAGGCUUCACGGAGGGCAUGUGGGAGAUCCAGAACACACCUGGUGUCGGGAGUAAACUCAAAACCGUAUCCGUUGUUUUGUGGUGCCAGGUACCAGCACAGCAAACUUCACCUGCUAAACAGACUUCUGCUGCUAAAACUACAAAUGAACUUAAAAACACCCCGACUAAAUCAACUUCCAGUAAAUCUGCCCCUGCACAGCCCGACAGUAAACCAGCUACUGGCAGAAAAAGUCCAGUUGCUGCUGCUGCUGCGGCGGCUAAAAUUCCUACAAGAGCUUCUCUAAGAUCUGCUCCAGAGAAAACAACAGACUCCAAACAGACUUCUGAACAGGCUUCAACUUCAAAAGACGUCACCUCGGCAGAUGUUGCAGAGACUGCUGCGACUACAAGAAGCAGGAGGGCAGCUGUUAGAAGCUCGUCUGCAGGAGGGAGACACGAACUUACUACUGAUGCCACGUCUGCAGAAAAUAAGGAGGAGACUACAGCCCAAACUGUGAAAACAAGAACCGCCUCCAAAGCCUCUGUGAGUGAAACUUCCCCUCACAAACCCUCUGAGAGGAAGACCCAUGCGGACGCUACAGACAGCAAACCUGAAACGGCAAAUACAAAUAAAGUUACAGCUGAGAAGAAAAGUCUGAGCACCGUAGAAACCCCAGUGAAGGCGACCGACUCCAAACCAGCUUCUGAGAAGGUUGAAAUACCGUUAACUUCCACCGCUACAGAUACUGAAGAGGCUGCGGCUACACGUCGGGCUUCUACCAGAAGCAGAGCUGCAGAGUCCAAGGUUGAUGCUGAGCAGCACGAGAAGAGGACACCCGCUAGUCCUGCUGUGAGCUCUCCAGUCAGCAAGAAACUGAAGACCCCAGAACCAAAAUCUGCUUCGACACAAACCACCAAGAACGACAAAGGACAGAAAGACCAGGAAGAGGAGGAGAAGAGAGGGCAACAUAAGGAAGGGAAGAAGUCAUCAGAGAGUCAAGGAGUCAAGAGGAAGAGACAAGAGAAGGAUGAGGAGAAGGAGGUGCAGAAGAAAAGCCGUCAGGAUGGCACUGAAGAAAAGAAAGUGACGAUGAAAGAGAAGACGACACAGGAGAGCCAAGGAACAAAAAGAAAGAAGGAUGAGGAGGAGAAACAGAAGAAAACAAAGCAGGACGAAGGUGUGGAAGGAAACAAUGAUGUGAUGACAAAAGAAACAACAGAAGAAAAGACGUCAGCAGAGAGCCGAGGGAUGAAGACGAGGAGAGCAGAGAAAGAGGAACAAAAGGAGGAGGAGGAGGAGAAGAAAACAAAACAAGACGGCAGCGAACAAAAGACAGAGGAGACGACGAGGAGAGGAACGAGGUCGGAGAGCGAAGGAAGGAAAAGAACGAGAGAAAGGGAGGCACAGCUGACCACGAAGAAGGAUGUUACAGAAGGAACUGAAGAAGUGACAAAAAGAGAGGAGAGCCGAGGAACAAAGAGGAAGAAGGAAGAGAAGGAGGUGCAGAAGAAAACCAUACAGGAUGAGGAAGGAGAGAAAGAAGAGUUGAAGAGGAAGAAGACGACAGAGGAGGACGAGGAAACUGUAGAAAAGUCAGAGAGUGAAGGGACGAAGACGAGGAGAGCAGAGAAAGUGGAAGAGAAGAAGAAAAUUAAAGAUGCCGGCGAGGAAGAAAAGAAAGAAGAGACGAAGAAGAACCUGACAGAGGAGGAGAAAACUGUAGAAAAAUCAGAGAGUGAAAGGACAAAGACGAGGAGAGCUGGGAAAGAGGAACAGAUGAGGAAAACAAAAGAUGCCGAUGAGGAAGGAAAGAAAGAAGAGAAGAAGAAGAAGAAGGUGACAGAGGAGGAGAAGAGUGAAGGGACGAAGACGAGGGGUGCAGAGAAAGAGGAACAGAAGAAGAAAUCUAAAGAUGCUGACGUGGAAGGAAAGAAAGAAGAGAUGAAGAAGAAGCCGACAGAGGAGGAGAAGAGUGGAAAAGCAACAGAGAAAGAAGGCGGUUCCGUGGACGAGGAGCGACAGCGCCGCCUGGCAGCCAAGAGGGAGAGUUUGUUUAAAUCUCUGAGAGGUCUGCUGAAGGCCGGCAGAGGAGGGAAGAGGAGGGAGACGAUGAAGAGUUCCCAGAAUGCCAGGGAUGGAGAAAAGAAGAAGGUCGAGAUUAAAAAGACAGAAAGUCAGAAGACGUCAGACAAGAAAAGGGUCAAAGAAUCACCUGCCACCAAGGUGAUCGCCAAGAAAUCAGGCGUCAAAAGCUCCAUCGGCAAGAAGAUCGUCGGCAAGAAAGCGACCGAGAGGAAGGAAGAGAAAGAUGAAUGCAAGAUGGUGAAAAAAACAACAAAGGUCAAACAGAAAGAAAGAGCUAAAAAAGAAGAAAAGGAUGAGGUGAAGACGUCCAACCAAAAGUCAGCAGAGGUAAAGAAGGAUGAACAGAAGACAAAGGACAAGAAGACUGACCGAAGUGAUCAAAUCAGCAAAACUACGGAUGAUGUCAAGACAAAAGCAAAGGAGAGCGGGCAGAAGAAGGAAGACAAGAUGAAGGCUGAGGGAAAGAAAGAUGAGGAGGUGAAAGAGAAGAAAAGAGAGGAAACAAAGCAGCAGAAAGACGAAGAAAAGAAGGACGAGAGAAGAAUUAUCGGAAAGAUUGUGAAAGCAACGGGCGGACAGGGAGCGAAGGUUCAGGUAAAGACGAUAAUGGGAGGAACGACAGCGGCCGAAGAGGAGAAGAAGAAGAAAGAGGACAAGACGAGCAAAGAAGAAAAGGUAGAAGAAAAGAAAAAGGGUGCAGAAAAGGUGAAGCAGACAGAGAGGGAGAAGAGAGGGAGCGCUGAAGAGAAGAAAUCGGAAGAUGGAAAGGUGGAAAAAACGAGAGCGCUGACAGAGGACAAAAAAGACAGGAAUGUAACGGAGGUAGAGAAGGAUAAAAAGGGCAAGGGGGAAGAGGAGAAACGAAAGAAGAGCGGCGAAGACGAGACCCUGAAAAAGGCGGAAGAGGAGCAAAAGACGCAGAAAGCUCAAGAGAACAACACUGAGGUGAAUAAAGUUACGACACGGGAACAGAAGAAGAGAGAGCAAACGAGCGAUAAACCUGCGGACGACAAAGCCACCGCCGAACAAACAAAGACAACAGGCGUAGAGUUGGAACAGACGAGCACCAAAGAGACAAAACCAGGGAAGAAAGCUGCAGAUAAGUCAGCUGCCGAGUCGGAAACUGCAGAAGAAGCAAAGACGAGCGCAGAAGAAAGUAAAACGAAGGGUGAUUCUUCAGAUGGAGGGACGGUGGAGAAGCAGCAGCAGCAGCAGCAAAUGAAGAAGAGUUUAACCAUGACGCUGACGGACUCGACUCUGCACAGAAUCCACGGAGACAUCAGGAUUUCUCUGAAGACUGACAAUCCUGACAUCAGCAAGUGUCUGAUGGCGCUGGAUCAGCUCAGUAUGGUUUAUGUGACCUCUAAACACGUCCGGAGACACAGUGAGCUCGUCUCCACCCUGAGAAAGAUGCGGUACUACAGAGCGAACCAAGCUAUCAUGGACAAGGCCUCCAUGCUCUACAACCGCUUCAAGAACGCCUAUCUGGUGGGGGAGGGGGAGGAGGUGGUGAGCGCCACCUUCCUGCGCUCUCUGCUGGAGGAGAAGGAGAGGGAGGAGGCGCAGCGGGUGGAGCGCUGCAAGGAGACGCUGCCGAGGGAAGAGCUGCUGCAAGAGCGCCAGUGGGCCGCUCCUGAAGGGACAGUAUUCCUGAAGGAGCCUGGACUGAACCAGCUGUAAUCUGCGGGGGUGUUUACCUGAAACAAUCCCGCCACAUGGACAUUAAGGACUUCCACAACCAUUUACCUCAUCACACACACACACACACACACACACACACACACACACACCUGUACAGCUCUGAGUAUUUAUUUCCUGUUGUUACAUUUGAACAGGAGUUAACAGUGUUUGUGUGGAUUGUCACACCUGAGCAGGUACAGUGUGUUUGGUGCUUUUCAUCAUGACAUAUUAACUCAGCGCAUUAGUACGGUUUAUCCUGACUUUAAUAGACCUGUGUUUGUCUCUCAUCCACUAACUUUCUUGUUCGUAAAGUAUAGCAUUACACACCUUAACCUGAGCAUUAACCCCCAUCUUACCCGUGUUUUUUAAACUAACCUAAGUGUCUUUAACCCUAAGAUUACCCUUUUAACCUGAGAAUACUUUAUCUCCUUCGAUGCAUUUGGGUUUCGACAAACAUCUCAAAACCUGGACAGAUAAAACUAAAACUUUAUGCGCUGAUAGAGGAAAGUUGGGGUUUUUUUGUGUGUUUUUUUUGUGGUCAUUUGGGUGAACAGUACCUUUAAGAACACCACGUUAACGUAACCUACCUCUGUUAUCCGUUAGGAGAGCGUCCUUCCAUUAGUUUUUCUUUUUAAAUGUUUCAGUAAUAGAACUAAAACUUUGUGUAAAUGCAUUGAAUUUAAAGGUGCUCAGUCCAUUUUAAAUGUGUUUAUGCUGUUCAGGAAGGACAUAGGGGGGCUGAUGGGAAAUGUGGUUUCAUUUUGAAUGUGCAUUUUAUUUUUUACCGACAGAUUGAUGUUCAAACAACACUCGCAGCAGCUUUAAACCAUGAAUCAAAGCAUUAAACCGCCUGUGAUGUUCACACUUCAGGUGCUCAAGGGCACCGCAGCAGUAAACUUACAGAGAACUCAUAAUAGCUGCUCAGUGUUUUUAUAAAACUUUGUACAGCAAGAUGUUUUAUUGUGACGCUGUGAGAUGUUUUUAUUCUUUUUUGUACUUGUUUUGUUAAAGUUGUUUUCUAAUAGGCUGUUACUGUUGUAAAUAUGUAAUUUUUACUUUCAGAAAUAAGAAUGAUUCACAAACCUGACACGGCGUUUACAGUGUUUUUCAUUUUAAAGCUACGAGUUCCAGAUGUUAAAGAUGCAAUGGGAAUGUUUUCAUCUGCAAACUUGUCACCUUUCAGCAAAAUUGGCUGUUUUGAAUCUGAAAUACGCUAUUUAUGUGAUUUGUGUAGAUGCAGGGUGAGAUGGGGCGACGUGGACAGUGUGUGACCUUUUUCACCUCUGAUGUGUUUGCAUUUCCAGUACAUUAAAGUAUGAUCAUUCGGAUUGGUAAAAUGCA